AUGAAAAAGGAGUGUGUGCAAAUUAGGAGGAAAGGAGAGAAAAAGACGGAGAGCAGAGAACGUGCAAUGGUUGGCUUUCAGCAACAACGUCGUCUCAGAGAGGAACAAGAAAAAGCUAAUGGCAAUGCUGGCAGCACUGCAUCUGCAGUUGCAGUAAGUGCAGUACUACAGCAGCAACAGCAGUCACAACAGCAGCAUGGGUCAUCGGGAAAUAACAGAGCGAACUCACCAAGGGCAAGACUGGCGAUGCUGAAACGGUCAUCGACCAAGUGUAAAGCCGUAUCCAGCAAUGAUCCAUUUCGAUUCCAAGGGAAUGGAGUGGACUUCAAAGGCAAGUUAAUUGGUGUACGCGAUGUGGAUGAAGCUCGAGGGGACGCAAUGUGCGCUGAAGCUAUGAGGCUUGCGAAAGCAGCUGUUAAAAGUGCAGGACACCAUAAACAACGAAUCAUUCUUACUAUUUCUAUUGAAGGCCUAAAAAUCAAGGAUGAAAAAACACAGACUGUUCUGCAUAAUUUUCCUGUUUCACGAAUAUCCUUCAUAGCGCGUGACACAACGGACGCGCGUGCAUUUGGUUUCAUUUACGGUUGUACAGAUAAUAAGUAUAAAUUUUAUGGAAUUAAAACGGCACAAACGGCGGACCGUGCAGUAUUAUCAAUUCGUGAUAUGUUCCAAAUAGUUUUUGAAAUGAAGAAAGCACAUCUUGCUGAGGUCAAACAAAAGCAAGAAGAGCAACAGAAACGAGAAUCAGAAACAGCGGGAGGUGUACGAAUUGAUGAUGGUGUUGUGGUAGCGGAUUUACUAGACUUGGAGUCUGAACUUCAUAAUAUUGAGCAGGGUUACAAUCAGUUACAAAACAUUCCGUCAUUCUUAGAAGAUUCUUGGCCGACCAAUGAUCUAUUCGCUUCUGUACAGCCUUCAGCUCCUCUUUAUCCAACAUCAACUGGUACUGUUGCACCUCUUCCACCACCGCCUGUUUCAUCAUUUGCUCAAAAGAAUCCUGCUGAUCCUUUCGACGACGGUUUCAAUCCUAGGUCUUUUCCGACAGUUCCACCACCAGCAGUUCCACCAUCAAAUCUCUUCAACAUCCAGCAAUCGCCUUUAAUCCCAGUGCAGCCAGUGACAGCUGUUUGGCCUUCUUCUGAUACUUUUGGAUUAGCUGCAAAUCAAGCUAUUACUUUCUCGGAUACCAACCCGUUUGUUUCGUCAGUUCGAGAUGAUACGCUCUCAAGGAUGGAAUCUGACCCAUUCAACACACAACAAGCUCUAAAAAUUCUCCAAGGUUCUCCAGCAUACAAUUUUAAUUCAGCAAUUUCUUGGCCUACCAAUGAAAAUACUGUACCUCCAGCGAGUAAUAAUCCAAGAAUGCAUACGCAGUGGACGGAAAAAAAGGUCUCAACCCUAGAAGAAGCAUUUAAUAAACUUGUCGAUAUGGAUACUUUGGUCUCCGGUCCUGAGUCAAAAAAAAAUCCAUUCACUGAGCUAGUAGUUCCACCCAAAAAAGUAGCCAUAAGUUCAGUGUCAACAAAUGCAACAUCAACAGCAACUAUGGUGAUGGUAGAUCCCCCGCGGGCACCAUGUAUACCAGCUCGAACUUCUGCUCCACUGGUUGUUUCAACUACAGCAAAUAAUGAUCCAUUUAAUGAUGAAUUCUUCAAUUAA